AUGUAUACUUAUGAUCGUGGUGAUCCAUCGGUGGGAUCUUCGAUUUUUUGUAAAGUACGCGUCUAUUUACCUCACGUAUGGGGACAAAUGGGUCGAUACUUCAUUGUUUUGGCAAGUAUGGAUCGUUUUGCAAUAACGAGUAGCAGUGCUCGUUUACGAUCACUCAGCCGACUUUCUAUAGCACGAUGGCUUUUGGGCGUUUUUACUAUUGUUUGGCAUGCAUUUGGCUCUCUUGCAUUGAUCAUGACAACAAUUCAAAAUGGACAAUGUGGUCAGUUCGGUAUUUACUAUAUCUGGUACAAUGUUUACAGCAUAGCCACCAUUGCUAUAAUUCCACUUGCAUUGACAACUAUCUUUGGAUCUAUGGCCUUUUUCAACAUGAAACAACGACAUGCUCGCGUUGGAUUGACUGCAGACAUCGGUAAUGCUGGUUUUCAUCGUCGAGAUCAACAGUUGCUGAAGAUGGUACUCGCAGAAGUGUCGGUGCAUUUUGUAACGAAUAUUCUCUUUCCGAUCAUUACUAUUGAAGUUGCAGCGACCAGUUACAUGAAUGCCAGCAAAAGCCAGAUACGCUUACAGAUUGAAAAUCUCAUUGUACUUGUCGGUCGCAUUCUUUUCUAUACGAGUAAUGCAGCGUCUUUUUACAUAUUUUGUACUGUAUCUGGAACAUUCCGUCGGGAAUUCAAGGAGAUUAUCUGCAAAUGUUGUCAUCGAGCAACUGCGCGGCCACCAGUGACUAAUAGACAAGUCAAAAGAGAAAUGCCGGAGCAACAAGAGUCACGCUUAUAA